CCCUAAAGUCGUCUGUGAACUUGUCAAUUCACAGUGGUCACCUCGGCCGCAACCCAUUGCCGAGGUUCGAGACGGGAGAGAGAGAGAUGGUUGGCGGCGUAGUAGCAGUAGCAGGCCGAGCGGUGCCGCCGACCUUAAAAAUAGCAAGUCUAUGCGGCUCUCUCCGCCAGGGCUCUUUCAAUCGAGGCCUUCUCCGAACUGCGACGAAGAUAUGCAAAGAGUCGGUGGAGGGAAUGGAGAUCGAAUACGUGGAUAUAGCUCCGCUUCCGAUGCUGAACACCGACCUCGAGAUAAACGGCGGCUUUCCUCCGCCGGUUGAAGCUUUCCGGCGCAAGAUUCAGCAAGCUGACGCUUAUCUCUUCGCUUCGCCCGAGUACAAUUACUCUGUCACUGGACCUUUGAAGAAUGCCAUUGACUGGGGAUCUCGACCGCCAAAUGUUUGGGGUGAUAAGGCUGCAGCUAUUAUAAGCGCUGGAGGAGGGUUUGGAGGGGGGAGAUCACAGUACCAUCUCCGCCAAAUUGGUGUGUACAUCGAUCUACAUUUCAUAAACAAGCCAGAGUUUUUCCUGAAUGCCUUCCAACCUCCUAUGAAGUUUGACAACGAAGGUAACUUGAUCGACGAGGAGGCCAAGGAGCUUGUGAAAGCAAUUCUGCUAUCUUUAAAGGCCUUCACCUUGCGACUCCAGCACAAAGGAUGAGCCAUUUUGUUCUUUCACCAUGGAAAUGCAUGCAUGAACUCACCGAACUUGUAUUGUUCUUACUUCUGGUGUGUUGUAUGCUCUGAAAUAAGCUUCCCCCGGCUCAGUCCUUGUUGCCGCUUAUUAUAUGUUAGCCAGGAAUUUCUUCCAUUUCAUAGUGGUAGUCUCAGUCUGUCUUCAUGCGGGACAACAGGAGGAUCUUAUUUUAAUUAUGCUUACUUCCUUUGACCUUCGAAUUUAGACGUUUUAUUUUUCAA